GUCCGCCGGUCUCUGCAGGACCGUCGGUCUGUCCGCUCGCCCGUCCGUCCGCUCGCCCGGUCCCGCUAACCCGAGUGCGCGCGUCGAUUCGUCGGUUCCGGCUGCCACAAACCUGUCUCCCGAUUCCGCGCCGCCUGCCUCUGCUACGCGAGGCCGAGGAUUGGCAGGGCGCGUAGGCCGCGCCGCGGCGGAUGGAGCCGGAAUAAAGAGGCGGCAGAGAAAGCAGCUGGUCUCCGCUUGCCCCGCGCCUGACCCCUGGAGCAGAAUCGAUUACUGGGGAAGGCAGAGCCUUCUUGGCAUUGCUGGGACCCUGUCUCGAAGAGCCCCCUGUCCUGUAGGCUAUCUUCUUGGCUAAUGACAAGGGCUAUCUGACAAGACCUCUGUGCCUUGUGUGAGGUUCUUGUCUGUUCCUGAGAUCCGGUAGCUUCUCUCUCAGGGUUAGGUUCACCUUAAGCGGGAAACUGAAGCCAUUACUUUCCAAACCCAGUUUCAUCUUCCCAAGCAUGUCAGAAAGCUGGCAGCAGCCACCGCAGACUCAGCCACAACAGCCGCAGGCACCACAGCCUCAGCACCAUGCAGAGCCCCCGCCAGCCCUGGCUGAACACACGCUGCCCCCGGGCACGGCUGAGAACCCACUGGGCUGUGCUGUCUAUGGUAUACUCCUGCAACCCGACCCAGGCCUACAGCCCCCACAGCAUGCACCCCUGCAAGCAGGGGAGCCAGGCCCCAAAUGUGGCGUGUGUGGCCAUGAUCUGGCACACCUGUCCAGCCCACAUGAGCACCAGUGCCUAGCAGGCCAUGACCGCUCAUUUCAGUGCACCCAGUGUCUCAAGAUAUUUCAUCAGGCCACCGACCUGCUGGAGCACCAGUGUGUGCAGGCGGAGCAGAAGCCUUUUGUCUGUGGUGUUUGCAAAAUGGGCUUCUCGCUGCUCACCUCACUGGCCCAACACCACAGCUCCCACACCGGCAUGGUCAAGUGCUCCAUUUGUGAUAAGACCUACAAGCCAGCUGAGGCUGCUGAGCCUGCCACCACUACUGCCCCAUCGCUGCCCUCAGCACCUCCCCCCACGAAUGUGGCCCCUGUGGAACAACCAGAAAAACCCUAUAGCUGUCCCAUUUGCCAGAAGCCCUUCAAGCACCUGUCGGAGCUCUCCCGGCAUGAACGGAUCCACACCGGAGAGAAGCCGUACAAGUGCACUCUGUGUGACAAGAGUUUCAGUCAGUCCUCUCACCUAGUGCACCACAAGCGCACGCACAGCUCAGAGCGGCCCUACAAGUGUGCUGUCUGUGAGAAGACGUUCAAGCACCGCUCCCACCUGGUGCGCCACAUGUACGCGCAUUCCGGUGAGCACCACCUGUUCCGCUGCAAUGUGUGCGAGCUGCAUUUCAAAGAGUCGUCAGAGCUGCUGCAGCACCCGUGUACCCCCAGUGGGGAGCGGCCCUUUCGCUGCGGUGAGUGCCAGAAGGCCUUCAAGCGGCCGUCGGACCUGAGGCAGCAUGAGCGCACGCACAGUGCAGAGAGGCCCUUCAAGUGUGAUCUGUGCCCCAUGGGCUUCAAGCAGCAGUACGCACUGAUGAGGCACCGGCGCACGCACAAGACGGAAGAGCCCUUUAAAUGCGGCCUGUGUGAGAAGGGCUUCGGACAGCCCAGCCACCUGCUCUACCACCAGCACGUGCACACCCUGGAGACUCUCUUCAAGUGCCCGGUGUGCCAGAAGGGCUUCGACCAGUCCGCUGAGCUGCUGCGGCACAAGUGCCUCCCAGGCUCCACAGAGCGGCCCUUCAAGUGCCCCGUGUGUAACAAGGCCUACAAGCGGGCGUCCGCCCUGCAGAAGCACCAGCUGUCUCACUGUGCUGCGGCCGAGAAGCCUCUGCGUUGCACCCUGUGUGAGCGCCGCUUUUUUUCCUCCUCCGAGUUCGUGCAGCACCGCUGUGACCCCACCCGGGAGAAGCCACUCAAGUGUCCAGACUGCGAGAAGCGCUUUAAGUACGCUUCAGACCUGCAGCGCCACCGGCGGGUGCACACGGGUGAGAAGCCCUACAAGUGUCCCAACUGCGACAAAGCCUUCAAGCAGCGGGAGCAUCUCAACAAGCACCAGGGUGUGCACGCCAGAGAGCAGCAGUUCAAGUGUGUGUGGUGCGGCGAACGCUUUCUGGAUGUGGCACUGCUACAGGAGCACAGUGCCCAGCACAGUGCUGCCGCUGCAGCCGCGGAGGGCGCCUACCAGGUGGCAGCCUGCUUGCCCUGA